AUGCAUGGACAGUGCGACAUACUUGAGUUGACCGCGGAGAUCGAGGAACACCGCUCUACACGUGGCAGCAGAGCAAGGGCACCACGAGCUGAUCCGGGAGCUCUACCUCAGGUUCAAGGGUCAGGGUCUCCUUUCUCGCCGGAACUCGGCGCUGGACACACCGCUGCAUUGCGCGGCGAGGGCUGGGCACGUCGGGCAGUCGCCGCUGUCCUCGUCGAGCUGGCCAGGGACCGUGGCGAGAACAUUCUGGGAUGCAAGAAUGAGGCCGGGGACUCGGCCCCGCACCUGGCGGCGAGGCACGGGCACGGCGCUACGGUGGAGGUCCUGGUCUCGGCGGCGGCAGAACCGGCGGCCGAGCUCAACAACGCCGGCGUGUCGCCUCUGUACUUGGCAGUAAUCAGCGGGUCGGUGCAAGCGGUCAGAGCGAUUACCACAUGCAGGCACGCGUCAUCUGCCGGGCCGAGCUCGCAGAAUGCUCUGCACGCUGCUGUCUUCCAGAGCUCAGAGAUGGUUCACCUGCUACUGGAAUGGAGGCCAUCUCUGGCAGACCAAGUCGACAGCAGCGGCAGCAGCCCGUUCCACUUCGCGUCGUCCGACGGCGACCGCAAGAUCGUGAACGCGAUCCUGCGCGCCUCGCCGUCGAGCACGGUUUACAAGAAGGACUCGGGCGGUCUGUCGGCACUCCACGUCGCGGCGCGGAUGGGGCACCACCGCGUCGUGGAGGACAUGCUAGGGAGCUGCCCCGACGCCGCCGAGCUCCGCGACGGCAGCGGCGGUACCUUCGUCCACGCCGCGGCCAGGGAGACGCGCUCCUCGGCGGUGGUGUCGCUCGCCAUCAGGAGCCCCAUGCUGCGCGGCCGCGGCCUCCUGGACGCGCAGGACAGGGACGGGAACACGCCGCUCCACCUCGCGGUGGCCGCGGGGUCGACCGACGUCGUGGAGGCCCUGCUACGGAAGGGCAAGGUGCCUGCCGACGUUCUGAACAACGACGGUCACACGGCGUUCGAUCUCGGCGCCGAAGGAUGGGCCGCCGGCUUCUUCGCCACGAUAAGCCUGGUGGUGGCGCUAGUCGCCUACGGCGCACAGCUCCGGCCGCAGAGGCAGGAACAGCUGGAGCAAUGGGGCGGCCGUGACAUGUGCGACAUACUCGAAGUGAGUGCUGAAAGGAACACUGCUCUCCACGUGGCUGCGGAGCAAGGCCAUGACGAGCUGAUCCAGGAGCUCUACCACAGGUUCAGGGAGCAUGGCCUCCUCCUGUCUCACCGCAACUCCGCGCUCGACACGCCACUGCACUGCGAGGCGAGGGCGGGGCACGUCAGGGCCGUCGCGGUCCUCGCGCAGCUGUCCCGGGACUGCGGCGAGAGCAUCCUCGGAUGCAGAAACAAGGCCGGGGACACGGCCCUGCACCUGACCGCAAGGCACGGGUAUCACAUGGUGGUGGAGGCGCUGGUAUCGGCGGCAGGCCCGGCGGCUGAGCUCAACAACGCCGGCGUGUCGCCGCUUUAUCUGGCGGUGAUGAGCGGAUCGGUGCAAGCAGUCAAAGCGAUUACCAUGUGCAAGGACGCGUCGUCGGCCGGGCCGAGCUCACAGAAUGCUCUACACGCGGCUGUCUUCCAGAGCUCAGCCGGCGACCGCAGCAUCGUGCACGCGCUCCUACGCGCCGCGCCGCCGACAACGGUGUACAAGGACUCGGCCGGUCUGUCGGCUCUCCACGUCGCGGCGCGAAUGGGACACCACCGCGUGGCGAAGGACAUGCUAAGGAGCUACCCGGACGCUGCCGAGCUCCGCGACGGUAAUGGCGGGACCUUCCUGCACACCGCGUGCAGGGAGAAGCAGCUGUCCGUGGUGUCUGUUGUCAUCAAGGGCCGCACGCUGCGCGGUCUCCUGCUGGACGCGCACGACAGGCACGGGAACACGGCGCUCCACCUCGCGGUGGCCGCGGGCGCGCCGGCCGUCGUGGAGGCCCUGCUGCGGAAGGGCGAGGCGCGGGUCGACGUCCUGAACAGCGAUGGCGACACGGCGUUCGAGCUCGCCGCGGCGUCGACCAGCUCGUUCACGAUGGGGAUCCAGAGGACGUCCGACAGCCUGGCGGUGGUGGCCGUGCUCAUCGCCACCUCGGCAUUCGCGGCCGGGUUCAACGUGCCCGGCGGGUACAGCGACGCCACGGGCCAGGCGCACCUCGCGAGGAAGAAGUUCGUCUUCGACACCUUCUUGUUCCUGGACAUGUUCGCCGUGGCGACGUCUCGCCGUGAUCCUGCUCGUCUACGGGAAGACGUCGCGCUCCGCCGUCGGCUCGUUUAA